CUGUUUCUCCUGGCAAAAUUCAAUCAGUGAGCGUGGAGCCCUGUUCUGCUGAGCCAUGCACCGUCAAGAAUGGUGACGAUGUCAGCGUUGCCACAAAUUUCAUCUCGACCCAUGACACUUCCGAUGACUGUGUUCUGAAAGCUAGUGUCCUCAUCUCUGGUGGCUGGUAUGAGAUUUUCAGUGAGCCUGCUUGCGGAGGUGAUGUUGAUUGCCCGCUGAAAACUGGCCAAACGUACACACUGACAAAGUCACUUCAUGUUUCUGAUAAGCUAUCCAAAGGUUUACAGACGACCAAAUGGAAGCUUAUAUGCAAUGGAGCGGCUGACGAGAUAUUCUGCGGAGACGUUAAGUUGAAUGUUGCCUAG